AUGCAACAGUCGGGAAUACGCACCCAUCAGAGCAGGCUUGUCCCCAGAAACAGAUCGUCGCCGUCCACCAUCUGCGCCGCCGUAAGCGCUCCUGCGGUCAACUGCGACUCCUAUGAGAUCUUCGACGUGUCUUCGGAGGAUGAUAUGGACUUGGAUCGGGAGCUUGAGCUUGGGUUCCAGCAGCUGGCGGGGGACGAGCAGUGUGCAGGAGUGGAGCUCGGGGAUGGGAUGGACGACCUCGAGCGCAAGCUGCAAGCUGAGAUGGAGCGCUUCGAAGGCGCCGGCAGCGACAACCCAAUGAACGAGACUUCCACUGCAUGGCACGGCGCUGCCGACGACUCCAAGGACGCGAUGGACCAGAGUCUCGAGGUUGAACUCUUUGGUGCUGAGGAAGAUGGGGACGAACCGGCGUUCGGCUUUGCUGCGUAUCCCGUUCCCAUCUCUGCUCUGAACGACAGUAUCCAGCAUGCGCAGACUCUGGACAAGAGUCUCGAGGCUGAGCUGUUCGGCGACGACGACGACGACGACGACGACAUGAUCGAGGUUCUACCACUCCCCACCCGCCCUACUGCACCCACAAACAACAACUCGCGACAUGAAACCAACCUGGUCGAGGCCAGCAAUGCCACCCCGCGCUUCCAACUUCCGAUCUUCGCCCUGAACUCCUCGCUGCCCGCCGCCCCAUCGAACGACGUCAUGUCCGACGACAAGCCCGCGCAGUCAGUGGGCGCCCGAUUCGUUGCGGAGAACGCAGUCCCGACCCAGCCCCUCAAUUCCGAACGCAGUCGACGCAAGUCUCUCGGAACGACGGCGCCGACGACGACGACGCCGGUCUCGCCUGCGCGAGGGAGCAAGAAGAAGACGAAGCAGACGGCGCGGGUGGGCCAAGCAGCUGCUGAACCCUCCGGCGCUGCGACGCCCGCCACCACCCAGCCGAAGCCGAAGCGCUCGAGAAAGGGCAAGGGCAAAGAAACCGCGAGUGCGGCUAUGACCGAAGCUCAAGAAAGUCAACGUCGUGUCGAGCUCCAGAAAAAUCACUACGGGCUGGACUUCAAGAAGUAUUCGUGGAUGGACACCACCGCGGUGUUCGUGCCCCGACCCGCACCGGCCGCCACAGCAGGCUCUUCCAAAGCGGUGAUCGCGCCGCAACCCAUCGCAAACACUCUCAAGCGCAAAGCUGAAGAGAUCCGCCCCGCCGACGACGAGAAGCUCACCGCGAUGCGCAAGGAAUACAUCUCACGACAAGUCAAGAACGCCGGGCGCCUCGGCCACACGCGCACCCUCCCCUGCCUCUACAUCGCCGAUGCCGCCCACGCAUGCACGUGCCCCUUCCCCCCAGCGCCGGCCGACCCGACCCAGCGGCGCCAACGCGCAUUCGUCAUUUCGGUAGGCCAGCGCCGCAUCUGCACCGGCACGGCACCCUGCGCCGGCGUCGCCGCGCACCAGUGCGGCACCGAGGUCCGGGGCAAGAUCGAGGAGCUGCAGGCGCACCUACACUCGGCGCACCACUUCGCCAGCGCGGCCGCGAUCACGGAGGCCACGCGCGCGACGAAGGCGCGGCUCGGCCUCGCGUCGUCGUCGCGCAUCCCGAAGGCGUCGAGCCCGUUCGCGGAGUUCGUGUGCGCGGACCGCUGGGACGCACUCGCGUCGCUGGGGUGCCGGCAGAAGGUGACGGAGGCGACGUUUGCGCACCACCUGAUGAUACAUCACAUGAACGCGAAGCACGUCGGGUGCCCGGCCGAAGGGUGCACGCAGGAGGUGGUUGGGAAGAAGGACCUAGAGACGCAUAUGGAGGACUGUGUGCAUGUGCGCCGCGUCGUUGCGAAGAUGGCGGAGACGGCGAAGCGCGCGAGAUUGGAUGGAGCUUGAUGGGAGACUCGGCAGGUGGCUGUUCGGGAGGGUUCGUGACUGACGUUCUGUCCCUUGACUUGGAUCUUUUACUAUGGGUUAUUGGGUGCUUGUGUAUAUCAUCUCAUUUGAUCGAGAUGUGUCUGUUAUCAUUUAUGACUAUGUUGCAUAUACUUAUGAUUCUUUACGACCAGCUAGUUACUCAUUUGUACACAUGCACUUCAUCAUAUGGAACAAAAUCAUCACAUUAGUUGUCCGCCAACGGUAAAAGCAAGCUACUCGGCCGUUCCUCCGGUCAACCAGAACCAGGCGACCUCACUUUCACCUCGUGCAAAUACGUUCCAGAUUUCUAUGUUCGGGUCAUGACUCAUUAUUAGAGUCGAUUCAGCCAGCUUCGGCCGCCUUGGUCGCCAGCGUUACUCCCAAGGCAUGUACGUGUCAGGAUCCGCGACUAUGUUGGUCGAAGGCAGAGAUCCGCGGGCUCGCACUCGGGCAUAUCAACGACAGGAUCAUCUCACGGGACGAUGUAACUUCGCAGCUUGAUAGUGCUCUGACCGAGCCGUGAAUGUCUAAAUCUUGGAUUUUGAUCAGACAUUCUGCUCAGAGGACGCUCACCUCUGCCUCUAUCCAAGUCCUUUGCUGGCCCCAGUGAUCGUACCCGCUCCAUCUUGGAGAAGGAUGUUGGACAUAUUGCCUGCGACCAUGGUACGGUAUCUGCCCCGUCGUCGCUCAGAUUUAUAGCAGCUAUCUGGGCAGCGUGUGUGAGUAGAGGAAGACCCCACACCGCACAUACACACGGGAAUUUCCCGGCUACGAUACAAUGUCCGUCGCCAAGAGAAUCAUCUAUGCAAGAGGCGUCAACGUGAAUCGAGCGCGCGGGGACCGAGAUCUUCCAGGGCAGGUUCGGAUGGGAUUUUCCAUCCGAAUCCCAGCGACGCUCCUGCUAGAAUCCACGACCCGAGAGAAGAUUCGCCGAAUGUACAGCGAUAGCUCUGCAAUCCGUAGAAAUGGCGUGCAAACAAAAUCGAAGUUCUGGCAGAACAGCAAGAACAUAUAAUUCCAGAGUCAGACUCAAGACUCCACGGGCGCUCCGCCGUCUCAAACGCAUAGAGAGUGCCCUCGAGAAACGUCCCUCUUUCAUGCACGUCGAGAGGAGAUAUCGUAAUGUAUUCCUAGUGGAAAUCGAUGUGCAAGCCGGACAUGGCUACAUUCAAGUCAGGUAUGAUCUCCUCCAAAUCGCUGCUGUAGAAUUGAUCCACCGUGCCGACAUGAGAGGGGACGGGGAACAUGAGAAGUGAACGGGAACCAGUCAAGGGCCCAUUCCAUCCCUAAGAUCUGCUAUCCUCGCGCCGGUAACUUAUUGAAGGUGCGAUUCCAGAAGCUGUGUUCCAGCUCGGCUAUCUUUCCGAGUUGCCAUCCCGAUCACUGAGUGCAAGAUCUUGCCACCUAUCGAGAAA